AUGGCCGGGUCUCCUGCACUGCUCCUUCUGCUCGCUCUGGGGCUCUGCUGCCCUGGGAUCCACGGCCAGAGGGAAAAGAUGAUAGCCAGGUUUCGUGAAAGAAAUACCAAACACCCCCAGUUGGGACAACGGCUGGAGCUCGAAUGUGAGACAUUCAAGGAGGACAGUGGCGUGUUCUGGGUCCGCCUGGACAAGAGUGGGACCCUUCACUUCAUCGUCUAUAUCUCUUCCUUGCCCCGGGCUACCUUCAAAGGAAAUGAGAGGACAUCCACACGCUUUGAGGCAAGGAAAGAUGGGAGUAUCUACCGAUUGGUAGUGAAGUCUUUCACAUCGCAGGAUGAGGGGCAUUAUUUCUGCCUAUUGACCAACAGUCAAAUGCUGUACUUCAGCCCUGGCCAGCCUGCCUUCCUCCCAGUCAUCACCACACCAGCACCUACCAGAGCAGCACCCACCACCCAGAGUGCCAUCACCAAGAAGGACCCCUGCCUGGAGACCUCACAUCCAGAGACCAGUGACGAGAAAGAGCUAAAUUUGUCCUGUGACAUCUUCAUCUGGCUUCCGUUGGCAGGAACAUGCCUCCUGCUCCUCAUCGCCCUGGCAGUCACCGUCACGCUGUGUCAACGAACCAGAAGACGAAGAUGCAGGUGUAAAAG